AUGACCUUUGAAAGUGACGAAAGUUGGACCCGCUCGACAUCUGGGGACGGACGGACUAGGGUUGCAGUGGUACUAGCCCAGUGUACAUUGGCGAUGACCCCCCUGCGGCGUGCUGUUGCGCUUGGAGUGGCGCGUGGACGUGUUCGGCUGCUGAGCAUGGCCCGGACACCGAGGACGCUUGACGAGUUGGCACACAUGGACACGCUCGAAGGCGUGGACCCUCAGGUCGUACAGCGGCUGAUUCUGGACCGGUCGAGGGAGUUGGAGGGCCUGCAGCGGGGUGGGAGGGGACCGCUGCGGAUGUACGUCCGCCCCGCGUGGGUCGUGUUCCUGAUGGCGUCGUCCUGCUACAUGGCGUGGCAGUGGGUGUGGUGGUCUCGGGAGUACGAACGGAGGGAGUUGCAACUCGCUGGGAGGGUCCGUGAGUUGGAGAGCAUACUCGAGGAGACACUCUCCCGAAGCAAACAUAACGACAAACAACCUUGGUACAGAAGGCUUCUGACGAGAACUUGA